AAUUACAUAAUUCGUCAACGAGGACUUAGAUUUCCUCCUAAUAUCAAGGAGAGCAAUUGUCUCCUAAUUCAAUCCACCACUAUAUAUAAUAUACCUUAAACUCGUAAAGCCUUCAUCGCAAAAGUUUAAGAUCAAAGCAAAACCAGAUUUUUUUUCUCUGCAUUAUUUCUCACCGUUCCUGGAAGAUGACAAUCUCUAUUGAGAAGCCGAUGUUUGAGGAAGUUUCUGCAUUCCAGAAGAAGAGCGAGAACAACUUAAGAACUGCCAGCGAACACGAUGACGCGUUCUUGGCACCUGAGAUGAAUGCAUUCGGCCGUCAAUUCAGGGACUAUGAUGUUGAGAGUGAGAGGCAGAAGGGCGUCGAAGAGUUUUACAGAUUACAACACAUUAACCAGACCGUCGAUUUUGUGAAAAAAAUGAGGGCAGAAUAUGGAAAAUUAGAUAAAAUGGUGAUGAGCAUUUGGGAAUGUUGUGAGCUUCUUAACGAGGUGGUGGACGAGAGUGAUCCAGAUCUCGACGAGCCUCAGAUUCAGCAUUUGCUUCAAUCUGCGGAAGCUAUCCGCAAAGAUUAUCCUAAUGAAGAUUGGCUUCAUCUAACCGCUCUUAUUCAUGAUCUUGGGAAGGUUAUUACACUCCCACAGUUCGGAGGACUUCCUCAAUGGGCUACUGUUGGUGACACAUUUCCUGUUGGGUGUGCAUUUGAUGAAUCUAACGUGCACCACAAGUAUUUUUCGGAAAAUCCUGAUUUUCACAACCAAGCCUACAACACCAAAUCUGGUAUUUACACAGAAGGAUGUGGCUUAAACAAUGUCAUGAUGUCAUGGGGCCAUGACGACUACAUGUAUCUGGUGGCUAAGGAGAAUGGAAGCACCUUACCGUCGGCCGGCCAAUUCAUAAUCCGAUAUCACUCAUUUUACCCAUUGCACACGGCUGGAGAAUACACACACCUUAUGAACGAGGAAGACAAAGAGAACCUCAAGUGGCUACACGUUUUCAACAAGUAUGACUUGUAUAGCAAGAGCAAAGUUCAUGUUGAUGUCGAGAAGGUCAAGCCUUACUACAUGUCCCUUAUCAGAAAAUAUUUUCCGGAGAGCUUGAGGUGGUGAAAAUGUGGAGAGAAAAAAAAAGUCUGGCUAUGAAGUAAUUAGUCCUGUGAUUCACUUACAAAUGUUUACAUAUCUAUAUCUUAUGUUAAUGUUAUUUUCAGGUCGUCUCUAAAUGUAAUCACAAUCAUCCUAGCGAUUAAGAGUAUGUACGCUGGGGUUGAUUUAUUAUAAAAUAAUAAAAUUUAUUUAUAUUUUAAAGUAAA